CACGACGAUAUAACCCGCACGCAGCAGCCACCAAGCGACGCCUAAUCGCCUAACAAACAGGCAACCACCUCCCCUCCGAUCCGACUUCCUUUGGCGAUGGAGCACAACAGCAUCGCCAGGCCGAUCAGAUGCAAAGCGGCGGUGUGCAAGGCGGCCGGGGAGCCGCUGGAGAUGGAGGAGGUGGAGGUGGCGCCGCCGCGGGCGCACGAGGUCCGCGUCAAGAUCGUCUGCACCUCGCUCUGCCACACCGACAUCACCUUCUGGCGCAUGAAGGAUGGCCCGAGCAUGUUUCCGUGCAUCCUGGGGCAUGAAGCCGUCGGCGUGGUGGAGAGCGUCGGGGAGCAGGUGCAGGAGGUGGCCGUGGGCGACACGGUGGUGCCGGUGUUCCUGGCGCAGUGCGGGGAGUGCGCCGACUGCCUCUCCCCCCGCAGCAACCUCUGCUCCGCUCUGCCGUACCGCCCCGGCAUGCCGCGGGACGGCACGACGCGCUUCUCGCUCGCCGCCUCCGGCGAGCCCGUCCACAACUUCCUGUCCGUCUCCAGCUUCGCCGAGUACACCGUCGUCGACGUCGCGCACGUCGUCAGGCUCGGCGGCGACGCCCUGCCGCCGGAGCAGGCGUGCCUGCUCGGCUGCGGUGUUCCAUGCAUUGCAGGGGUUGGUGCGGCUUGGAAGGUGGCGGCGGUGGAGCCCGACUCGACGGUGGCCGUCUUCGGACUGGGAGCUGUCGGGCUAGCGGUAGCGCAAGGGUCAAAGAUGCGCGGGGCCACGAGGAUCAUCGGGGUAGACGUGAACCCUGACAAGUUCGAGAUCGGCAAGAAGCUGGGGGUCACCGAGUUCGUCAACCCGAACGACAUCGGAGAGCAGACCGUGAGCGAGGUCAUCAAGGAGAUGACGGGCGGCGCAGGGGCCGACUACUGCUUCGAGUGCAUCGGCUCGGUUUCAGUCAUGGCGGAGGCCUUCAAAAGCUCCCGGAUAGGCUGGGGGAAGACGGUGGUCCUGGGCGUGGACGGCAGCGCGGCGCCCAUCAGCAUACCGUCGUUCGACAUCAUGAGGGGCCGGUCCGUCGUCGGCUCCUACUUCGGCGGGAUCAAGCCCAAGGACGACAUCCCCGUGCUGGCAAACAAGUGCCUCCACAAGGAGCUGGAGCUGGACGAGUUCAUCACGCACCGAAUGGGCUUCGACGACAUCAACCGCGCGUUCGACCUGCUCGCGCAGGUUCAGUGCCUCCGCUGCAUCAUCUGGAUGGACGGCGCCGAGCAGAAGGCCGGCGCGUGAUGCCGCCGACGCCGCGCUAGCGCUCGCGCUCGCGCACGAAUGGCAUGGACGAUAGUCCAACAUGAGAUGAAGUGAUGUUGCGUCAUGUAUGUACCGUGGGCGUCCACGUGUCGGACGCCAGUGGAGGGAGGUGGAAGGGAUGGAAAACAGAUUUCAAAUUUCAAAUAGUGAUCUUUUCUCUCUGUUUGACGAGAUUUUGUGCA